AUGUCAAACUACUACUCGUCGCAACAACCGCAAUACCCCGCCGCAGCCGGCCCCAACGCCGCGCAGAACCUGCAGUUCUUCCCCUCCCAGUACACGAACCCGACUUCCUCGACACCCCAGCAAGCAGCAGGAGGCUACGGAUACAGCAACCAGGGCGGCUAUGGCGUCGGAGCACCAGCGCAGAACUUUGCGGCCCCCGCGUUUGGUGCGCAGGGCGUCAGCGGCAGGAUGGGCGAGCAGGGCGGGCUGAGGACCGGUUGGGUUGCGGCUUUCUCGUCGGAAGGGUAUGAUGGCGAACCGCCUUUGCUGGAGGAGCUGGGCGUUAACUUUGGACAUAUCCAGGCAAAGACGCUCGCUGUGUUGAAUCCCUUCCGACGUAUCGACUCGCACAUCAUGGACGACUCCGACCUCGCGGGCCCCCUCAUCUUCUUCCUCCUCUUCGGCUUCAUCCUCCUCUUCUCAGGCCAAGUCCACUUCGGCUACAUCUACGGCCUCGCCGCCCUCGGCUCCAUAUCCCUCCACCUCAUCCUCUCCCUCAUGUCGCCCUCCGACGCCAGCGAACCCCAAGUCAACAGCUAUCCCCAAUACAGCAGCGAUCCAUCCGCGCCUCAGCAGCCGCACGACGGCCAGCAGGGCGGCCACUUCUCCGCAACGCUGACGUACCCCCGCAGCGCGAGCGUCCUCGGAUACUGCCUGCUACCCCUCGUGGCGACGAGCCUGUUCGGCAUCGUCAUGAGGAUGGAUACACCCGUUGGCAUCGUCGCGACCACGGCGGCUAUUCUCUGGUGCACUUACAGUGCGAGCGGGAUGUUCUGCGCGGUGGGACAGAUGAAGCGCAUGCGGGGACUCGUUGCGUACCCCCUUGCGCUGUUCUAUGUCGGAUUCGGCAUCAUGGGUAUUUUCAGCAGCCGUGGAAGUGGAACCUUCUCCAAUGCUGCUGCUAAGCUCAACGCAUAA